GGGAACUACUAAUCAUAAAAUCAUGAAUCAAUUGGUUUGCAGUGUCAUCUAAGUAUCAGGUACACAAUGGCGCAAAACUUACUAGCACUGUCUGUCAUCGCGAUUCUAGUCAUAUCAGUUGGCGUGAGCGCUAAACGUGGGUGUUCGGCUUUUGGCCAUUCCUGUUUUGGAGGACACGGGAAGCGCUCAGAAAACUCACAGGCAUCAAGCUCCGAAAUACUGAGUGGUCGACAACUGGGACAGGAAGAGACUCCACCUCACCCUGUCUACCCGCACUCUGGUUAUGGAAUCUUGCCUUCUGGUGACGACAUCAUACCGAUCAGGGAUGGUGGUGUAUACGAACGCGACGACAACCCAAGAGAUGUAAUGAGAAUGAAGCUUCGAAAUAUCGUUAAAAACUGGAUGGAAAACAUCAGACGAUCGCAAGAGAAUGAAGACGGACUCUACAUUGAAGCUUUGUAAAUCUUUGUAAUUUAAUACCUAUCAUAUAGAUUAUAUCAAUUUGCUAUGAACUGUCGUCAAUUGUUUAAAUUAGCGACGCUAAUUAUGACUUCUAUAAAAUUGAAUUUUAGUUCAAGAUUAUUCUAUUUCCGCAAUCAUAUUUUACUCUUUAAGGCUGGGUUUUCAAAUUCCUAUUGUAUAUAUAUAUUAAAAUAGGUUCCAUUUUUAUAUUAUAUAGAUGACUUUGUGGUAUACU